ACUUGCGAUGUACAUAUGGGUGGGCAUUGCAAGGGCCAUUCAUGCUAUAGCCUACUUUCCACAGUUUUAGGUCUGCCAUCCUGUGACAGUCUGUGCCGCUGCUGCCCCUGUGACAUCCCAUGGGGCUGUCUGCAGCGGCGUCCUACUGCACUGCAAUUUUGGGGUCCUCCAUGACCUGCCAGAGGCAUCCAGCAGUCAGACACCUCUGUGCAACAGAGGCGCUGGGUGGCCUGCAGGUGUGUGUUUUGCACCCACCAGCCAGUGAUUCCAUGAACCCUUCAGGGGUUAUUGGUAGAUUCUGGUACAUACCAUGGUAGCUACGGCUUCCUAGAACGCAUGGCCCACCAUCCUGUAGUACAGUUGCACUGCAGACAGACACUUUCUGUAUCGGCCUCCUCUUUUGAUUACAAACAAUGGUGACACAUGGAAGAGUUGUGACUGAUGUUGUCGCUUUGUUGCUCCAGCUUGAUUUAGAAAUACUUGCAAGACCUCCACUGGAGCUGCCCGUGGGUAGAUUGACAAUUGGAUUAUGUGUGGACAUUGGAUGUGCAUGUGGUAUGGGAAGUGGUGAAUGCAUCAUGCACAUAUUUAUGUCGGCUGGCUUACUUAAUUUUUUCCCAAUGAAUUUUGAGUGUUGGAAUUGCACUCAUCUGCAAUCCCAACUUCCCAAUUACCUGUGGUGGCUGAUAGAAGCUGAACAGAUGUAAAAAUUCUUUUACCUAUC